CUCCCUGCUCGGCAGCCCAGGAGUCACUGGAAGAUGCUCUUGACUGCAAAAAUACUUGUUUUUGCUCUGAGUGGUUUCCUAAGAGUGGCAACAGGCUUUGACAUUGGAUUAUCCACGAAAUGUGUAGUGAUACCCACGGAGAUGGACAUGUGCCACAAGAUAGGGUACUCCGAAAUGAGGCUUCCCAACCUGAUGGGACACACAAGCAUGGCAGAGGUUAUCCUAAAAUCCACCACCUGGCAGCACCUUGCACACACGGACUGUCACCCUCACGUGAGGACAUUUCUGUGCUCCCUGUUUGCGCCCAUCUGUUUAGAUACGUUUAUCCAUCCUUGUAGGAGUAUGUGUGUUGCCGUCCGUGACAGCUGUGCCCCUGUGCUCGCCUGCCACGGACACCCCUGGCCUGACAGUCUGGACUGCGAUAGAUUCCCUGCGGAUGAGGACAUGUGCCUGGCAUCUCUUACAAAGGAAUAUAAAUACUUGCACAAAGUCCUACCAAAGCCUGCCUGCCAGGCCUGUCCAGCAGUGGAGGAAUUCUUUACGCACAAAAGAGUUCUCGAAGUUUUCUGUGACAAUAACUUUGCAGUGAAAGUAAAGCUGUCCAAAAAGAGAACAGUAUUUGGUGACCAAGAGUAUAACAUUGAAUGCCAAGUGGAAUUCAUUACCCAGGGCUCACUCUUGCCUUAUGAAACUCAGAGUAUGAUACAACAGUGGCUGCUUAUCAAUGAAAACUGUACGCAGAAGAUGACUCUGACCCAUCGUCCCAUGGUGUAUCUCCUUGUGGGGAAUAUUGAAGAGGGCAUCAUUUUAGUAAACCAGGUUUAUCGUUGGCAGAGGAGGGACUCCCAGCUGACUUUGGCCACUCAGAAGUGGAGAUACCAUAAAUGCUUGUAA